AUGUCAAACUACACAGAGAUUAUCCCUCCUGCGUAUUUCCUACCCGGGGUUUGUCUUACAGUGGCUAGCCUCCUGUUAUUGAGCUUGGUCCAGAAUGCAAUCCACAAUCUCCCAUACCACCGUAUUCCUGCUGUUGGGACAAGUCGAUGGCCUUUACUGGACUGGCAAUCUAGUCUGCGCUUUAUGUCCUCGGCCAGGGCUCUAAUUCGUGAAGGCUUCGAACAGGGCUACACAAUAUUCCAGGCCAUUUUCCCCCACGGGCCGAUGUUGAUACUUCAUCCAAAGUAUGUGAAUGAAGUUAGAAGGCAUCCUUCUCUCAGUCUAGAGGAAGCAGUCAAGAAGUCGCUCCCAGUCGGGGAUUAUCCAGGCUUUGAGGCUUUUCGGGGCACAGAGAACCACCAUAUUUUGUUGGAUGUGAUCAACCAGAAGAUAACCCGGAAUCUGAAACAAUACACAAUUCCUCUGGCCAAAGAAACGGCUUUAACCCUGGAAGAGCAUUUUGGCCAACCCACAGAAUGGAAACCCUAUUGUUUUGCUAGCGAAGUCCCCUACAUCGUCGCGCGUCUAUCGACCCUUGUCUUCCUAGGAGAGGAAGUGUGCCGCAACGCGGAAUGGCUUGAUAUAUCGGUAAACUAUACCUUGGACAUCUUCGGAGCAAUAAACGCACUAAGGAAAUGGCCACCUAUUCUACGACCUGUCAUUCACUGGUUUCUAGCGCCUGCUAGGAAGCUAAGGCAGCGUGUACAAGUAGCACGGCGGAUCAUCCAGCAGGAAAUGGAGAGGCGGCAAGAGGAGCCCAAGGGCAGGGAGCCGGAUGCGCUGGACUGGCUUCACGAAGUCGCAGCCGGUCGCCCCUUGGAUGUAACUACAGCGCAGAUAGGUUUGACACUGGUGACAAUCCACACCACAUCUAACCUCCUUACCAAUGUCAUUUACGACCUGGCAGCGAACCCGGAGUAUAUCCCGUUUCUGCGUGAGGAAAUCCAAUCGGUAUUGGAGGCCGACGGUACCUUUCACAAAACCAGUUUGACGAAGUUGAAGCUUUUGGAUAGCGUGGUAAAAGAAAGUCAAAGAUUGAAUCCUCCGGGCCUGACUUCACUGCACCGAUAUGCCAUGGAGGAGAUCACCCUCUCGGACGGAAAAGUAAUUCCAAAGGGUGCAAGUCUCGUUGUCUCCGCCCAUACUAUGCAAGAUGAGAGCAUUUAUCCGAAUCCGCAUACUUACGACGGGUACCGGUUUUAUCGGAAGCGGCAAGAGCCAGGUCAGGGAAAUAAACACCAGUUGGUGAUGACAAGUGCAGAGCAUUAUGGUUUUGGACAUGGUAUACGCGCCUGUCCAGGUCGGUUCUUCGCAGCCAAUGAGAUCAAAAUUCUUCUCGCACACAUUAUCAUGAAAUACGACAUCCGCUUCCCCGAUGGACAAUCGCGCCCUGCCAAUUGGGAGAUUGGACAGGACUUGAUUUGUGAUCAAACUGCGCAAGUCUUAUUCAAGGCACGGUAG